ACCUGUGUGAAAUUUUAGUUAAAGAUUUUUCUUAAUUUCUUGAUUAAUUUCAAGAUUUCAACUUUUUUUGUUUUUAAUAAAAUUUUAAUGCAAAGUUUUAAUCUUUUCUAUAUAAAUGAGUCGAUUAGGGUUUAAUAAUAAUAAUAACAAUAAUAAAUGUGUGGUUUAUCAUGGGGAAGUAUGUUUAGGUGAAUUGGAUGUAAUUCCAAUUUUGGAUGAUAAACAGAAAUUCUUGUUUCCAAACAACCAAAUUAGAAUUCACCAUUUUACUCAAGUGAGUGAAAGAUGUUCACCUCUUUCAGUUCUGCUAACGAUUUCGUCGUUUUCGGGGAUUCGUUGUAAGCUGGAAUCGACGUCUUCCCCUGCUCGACAACAAAUGCUUAUUGAUCUCCACGCCACGUGUUUCUAUGAGUUAAAGACGGCUGUGGUGGUGAUUGGAGAUGAAGAGGUACAUUUGGUGGCAAUGCCAAGCAAAUUAAAGAAAUUUCCGUGUUUUUGGUGUUGUGUGGUACCGGCACAGUUAUACAAUGCUUGUCUAGGGAUGUUGAAUAUGAGGUGUUUAUCUAUUGUGUUUGAUCUUGACGAGACGCUUAUUGUUGCGAAUACAAUGAAGUCUUUUGAUGAUAGAAUUGAGGUGUUGACUAGUUGGAUCGGGCAAGAGUCUGAUCCUGUUAGGGUUUCCGGGAUGACUUCUGAGCUUAAACGAUAUGUUGAGGAUCGAGGUUUGUUGAAACAGUAUGCAGAAAAUGAUGCUGUUGUAGAUAAUGGGCAGACAUAUAAAGUGAAAAUGGAGGAAGUUCCUGUCAAUGCUGCUGGUAAUGAGAAUGUUCUUCGACCGGUUAUAAGAUUUCCAGAGAAAAAUUUAGUCUUAACCCGUAUUAAUCCAGAGAUUCGUGAUACCAGUGUGCUUGUGAGGUUACGACCUGCGUGGGAGGAUUUAAGAAGCUAUCUAAUAGCGAAAGGACGCAAAAGAUUUGAAGUGUAUGUUUGCACGAUGGCUGAAAGAGAUUAUGCAUUGGAGAUGUGGAGGUUACUUGACCCGGGGUCACACCUAAUUGGAUCGAAGCAAUUGUUGAAUCGUGUUAAUUGUGUCAAACCAGGUGCACGUAAGUCUUUGCUUAGUGUCUUCCAAGAUCGGAACUGCCAUCCAAGGAUGGCCAUGGUAAUUGAUGAUAGGUUAAAGGUUUGGGAAGAAAAGGACCAGCCUAGAGUUCAUGUUGUACCCGCUUUCACUCCUUAUUAUGCUCCUCAGGCUGAGACUGCAAAUGCGGUUCCAGUUCUCUGUGUGGCUAGGAAUGUUGCAUGCAAUGUUAGAGGUGGUUUCUUUAAGGAUUUCGACGAGAUACUGCUGAGGCGGCUUGCUGAACACUUUUAUGAAGACGAAGUUUCAAACCUACCAUCUGUACCAGAUGUUUGCAACUAUCUUGUUUCAGAGGAUGCCAGUUUUGUACCAAAUGGCAACACAAAUGCCCCAAUGACUGAAGGAAUCACUGGUCCUGAAGUUGCACCCAGACUGAGUCAGCAGGAUAACAGAAGUGUGGAUCCAAAAUCUGAAAGAUCCCUGCCAUCAGUCCUAACUGCAAGUAUCUAUGGUCCAUCGUCUUUCAGAUCUGUGGUUCCUUUAGAGAAACCUAGCAUACUUGGCCCAAUCCAAGGACCUGAGAUGUCGAACAAACAGCGAGCUGGUUAUAAUCCGCCGUCUCAUGGUACAGCUAGUUCUUUCUCUUCAGGUUCUCAACCACCUGUAUCUGAGGCAAGGGGUGAUGAGGCAUUUCAUGGAUUUGGAUUGCAAAAGAAGAAUCUGCCUCAAGCUGGUCAGCUUUCAGACCAAGGUGUACAACACAAUCAGUCAUCCUUAAGUAACAAAAGAGGGCCCAUUGACGGUGGGAAUGCGAAUCUUCCACAACCAUCUUUAUCCAUUGGAGUGCUGCAGGAAAUUGGACAAAGAUGCGGUUCUAAGGUUGAAUACAGAUCAAUUUUGAGCUCCAGCAGGGAUUGGCAGUUCUCUUAUGAGGUGAUGUUUACAGGCGAGAAAAUUGGUAUUGGGAUGGGUAAGACAAGAAAGGAUGCGCAGCAACAGGCUGCUGAGAACGCCCUUCGCAGCUUGGCUGAUAAAUAUGCAGCAUAUAUAAUUUCCCGGUCUGAAACAAUAAACAAAGAGCUUGAUAACCAAUCUAGUGACAUGGAAAAUGGUUUUUUAUGGGAUUCUGAUUCUGACGAAUCACUUGUUAAAGAUGUCGACAACUCAUCUGAGGUUCCUGAAAUGAGGCGUUCUAAUUUGACAGGCCAGCAGAAAAGAGGCGAAUCUGCAAGGUUGCCAGAAUUUACAAGUAAAAGGUCUAAAGAAGAACCACUUCAAAAUUCUUUAGAUUCAUCAUCCUCAUGGCAGCAACCAAAGAAACGUAACAGAGUUGUAUGAGGCCAGUGGUAUAUGUCAAUUGCCAAAACAUACUCGAUGGUGGAACGACAAGUGGCUUCUGAACCCAUGAUUUUGAGUUCCAGCUACACAGAAAAGAGAAUUAGAAACAUCUGGUGAUGUGAAUAUAAAGGAUCUGAAAACCCUUGUCAACAAGUUGUAAAGGUGGUCCUGGAAAUCUUGAGGCCCGGGGUUUGUUUCUACACACCCUUUUUGAUAGAAAGCUUGUAAGUAUGGUUUAGAUAUGGUGGUUGAUCGCUUUGAAAGCCAAGGCAAGCAAUGGCUGAUUUUGGUCAACCCUUUCUUCCCAGAAGAAUUUGGGGUUUUGACGUUGUAAAUUACAUCUUGAUUGUAGAAUAGAGAACAGGAAUCAAAGUUCUUGAUAUUACAGGAAAUCCGGUGCCAUUUUGAGACAA